AUGUCACAACAAGAACUUGAUUCGGGAGUUCAGACUCCCAUCAAUAAUGACUCUUUGUUAGUCAAAGAUGACAAACCAGAAGAGGAAGAAGAAGCAUUACCUACGUUGGACGACAGUGACAAGAAACAUAUUGCCGUUUCCAUUUUCUGUCUUUUGAUUGCGUUUGGUGGUUUCGUGUUUGGUUUCGAUACCGGUACCAUUUCCGGGUUUGUUAACAUGCCUGACUUUAAGCAAAGAUUCGGACAACUUGAACAUGAUGAAUACACUUUGUCGAACGUCAGAACUGGUUUGAUGGUUGCCAUUUUCAACAUUGGAUGUGCUGUCGGUGGUAUUUUCUUGUCCAAGGUGGCUGACAUGUACGGAAGAAGAGUGGGACUUAUGUUUUCCAUGCUUAUCUAUGUGAUUGGUAUCAUUGUGCAAAUUUCGUCUCUGGAUAAAUGGUACCAAAUUUGUAUUGGACGUGCCAUUACUGGUUUGUCGGUUGGUAUUGUUUCUGUGUUGUGUCCCUUGUUCAUUGGUGAGUCUGCUCCCAAGAAAUUGAGAGGUACUUUGGUGGUGGUUUUCCAGUUGUUCAUCACAUUGGGUAUCUUUUUGGGUUACUGUACCACCUAUGGAACAAAGACUUAUGACGAUUCGAGACAGUGGAGAAUUCCCUUGGGUUUGUGUUUCGCGUGGGCCAUUCUUUUGGUUUCUGGUAUGCUUUUGAUGCCUGAAUCUCCUCGUUACUUGAUUGAAAAGAACAAGAUUGAAGAAGCUAAAAAGUCUAUUGCCAGAUCCAACUCUACCACCCCAGACAAUCCCGCUGUCUACACUGAAGUGCAAUUGAUCCAAGCUGGUAUCGAGAGAGAAAAAAUUGCUGGUAAUGCUUCGUGGACUCAAUUGAUCACCGGUAAACCCAAGAUUUUGUCAAGAGUUAUUAUGGGUAUUAUGUUGCAAUCUUUGCAACAAUUGACUGGUGACAACUACUUCUUCUACUAUGGAACAACCAUCUUCAAAGCUGUUGGUUUGCAAGAUUCUUUCGAAACCUCGAUUAUUUUGGGUGUGGUCAACUUUGCUUCUACCUUCCUUGGUAUCUAUGUCAUUGACCGUUACGGAAGAAGAAAGUGUUUGUUAACCGGUUCCGCGUGCAUGUUUGUCUGUUUCAUCAUCUACUCGGUUUUGGGUUCGGUUAACUUGUACAACAAUGGUUAUGACGACUUGACUGAUACCAACAAACCCACCGGAAAUGCCAUGAUUUUCAUCACCUGUCUUUACAUCUUUUUCUUUGCAUCCACUUGGGCCGGUGGUGUGUUCUGUAUCGUGUCUGAGAGUUACCCAUUGAGAAUCAGAUCAAAAGCUAUGUCGGUGGCUACCGCAGCCAACUGGUUGUGGGGUUUCUUGAUUUCGUUCUUCACUCCAUUCAUCACUUCGGCUAUCCACUUUUACUAUGGUUUUGUCUUUGCUGGGUGUUUGUUGUUCUCCUUCUUCUACGUCUUCUUCUUUGUCCGUGAGACCAAGGGUUUGACUUUGGAGGAAGUGGAUGAAUUGUACUCUCAAGAUGUGCUUCCAUGGAAGUCAUCUUCUUGGGUUCCUCCAUCUGCCAAGCAAAUGGCAUUCGACAUGGGAUACGCCGAAUCUCAAAAAGCAGAACAAGAACAUAUUUAA